AUGAUGAAGGUCAACCCCGCACCCUUCCACUUAGCCCAGGCCAUCAUAACCGGCCUCGUCGUAGCCCUCAGCAUCGCCAUCCUAGGAACCUCCGCACACACCCUCGAUGUCUACAACAAACAGCAAACCUCCAACCCAUGGUGGAUGCCCCUCUGGCCCCAACACUACGACACCCACGGCACAAAAGCACUCAUCGCCUCCUCCGUCGUCACCCUCGUUCUCUGCGGUGCCUUUUUAAUCGCUUCAUUCAUUCCCCAACUCUCCCUCCCACAAAAACCAACCCUCCGCGCCCUCCUCUCCCUCGCAACUCUCCUCCCCUCCACCCUCCUCACCCUCACCACCACAAUCUACGCCCACAUCCUCAACAACAACACCCCCGAACUCGACACCAUCCAGACCUGGACCUGCAAAUACAGCGUCUCGAGCCCCUUGCCCCAGGACAGGGCGAUGCCUGCUGGUUUCGGCAAUGGCAAUUUCGGGAGCUUAUGCAGGGAGAGCAGGUUUGCGCUUUGGGGUACGCUGACGGUGUUUUUGCUGUUGUGUGGUGGGCUUGCGGUUACGAUUGUGGCGUGGUUGGCGGAUAAGGUGGCGGCAAGGCAGAGGCGUAAGGAGGGGGUGGAGAUGGGGGAUGUGUCGCAGUAG